AUGGCCGAGAGUGUGCUGCUGAAGCUCAAAAGUGCCAAUGGGGCUGCGGCGUUCUACUUGGUCGCCCGCACCUCAUGGCGGGUGAGCCAGUUGAAGAACGUUCUCGAAGCGCAUCAUCCCUCGCAUCCGCCAGCACUCUGUCAGAAGCUGGUCUUUGCCGGCGCCAUCCUCAAAGACUCGAACACACUCGCACAUGUCUUUGCAAAGCUUGCCGCUGCCGGAUCAUCGUAUGAUGCAGACGGUGUCACCAUGCACUUGGUCUUUCCCGCGUCAAACGUCAACGCCGAGGCUCUGCCCAACUCGCCGCUCACCGCCCCGGCGCCGCGCCUACCUGGCGAUGCCGACGGCGCUGUCUUGCCCAAGGUGACAGACAAAGAUGCGCCUGCACUGCCGGAUGCAGUAGCCCAGCAGGGCGAGGGCCAGGCGGAAGUCGGCGGCGAGGACGGGUUUACACUCCCGCGGGUCGAGGCGGUGUACAGUCCGCUCGGCUCGCCGACACUGGUACCGGUGGCGAGCCCAGAGGCAGCGAUGGCCCAGUACUACGCCACCUACUACGCCGAAUACUACCGCGCGUGGUACGAGGCCCAGCUGGCGGACGGGUGCCAGCAGCCGAACGACGUGGCGAGCCCGCUGGUGGACGCCGUGGCGGCAGGCAACGGCGGCGAGAUGGAAGAAGCCGGCGAGGCUGCAGGAGGCGAAGCCGAGGCCGAGGCUGAGGCCGACGCCGCGGUUGGCGGUGGUGGUGCCGGCGGCUGGUUGCGUGCCGGAGUCGGUGCCGCCGCCUGGGCCGCUCCGAUGCUGGUCAAAUGCGGCGUCCUCCUCUCAAUGCUCGCACCAGCAAUCACAACCGACGAGCUGAUGCUUGUGGGUGGGCUAGCGAUCGCUGUGGUCAUUGCCCAGAUGCUCAUCCGGUUCCACAUCCAGCGCCGCAACGACGCAUUCAACGAGCGGGUCCGCCUGCUCCGCGAGGCGCGCGAGGCUGCCGAGGCCGCGGCUGCCGCUGCAGCUGAGAUCCAGGCGGCGCAGGCCGCCGACGAUGCGGCUGCCGAGGCUACUGCGGCCCCCGCCGAAGCUGAUGCCGCCGCUCAGGCAGCAGCGCGGCUGCAGCAGCUGCAGGCUGAACAGAAUGCGCCGCCGGCGUCGAUUGUCUCGCGGGUGUACCACGAGGCUGUGGGCCUCCUCGCGCCGUUCAUCAUGUCGCUCUUCCCGGCCUACCGCCCACCGGAUCGGGUUCCUGACCAUCUGCUCCAGCCCGCACAGCCACCAGCACCGCCAGCCGAACGUGAUCCCGCUGUUCCUGUCCCACCAGCCCAGUAG